GGCCCGCGCUCACACGUCACGAGGGAUUCUGGGGCUGGACGCGCUUCCCAGAUCCUGGCGCCCGUGGAAAGCAGGGCGGAAAUCCCCUCGCCGCCUUCCAGCUCCGCUGCGUCGCAUCGACCACGCAUGUCCGCCUUUGAUUUGUGUCAUCCUAAUUGGUUGUAUCAACAAUGCCACUGCAAAGCUUUGUGAAGGUGCUGGAAAGUUAUCGGGGCAGAGAGAAGACUAUGCGGACUCUCCAGUAUGGCCUUCUCCUUAUCAGUCCACUCGCAUCAGAAAGGGUUGGGGAAUCAUUCAAGAUUCUCAGUUCUCAACUGGGAAUGACAAGAGUAGUGCUAAGACUCUUCGAUGAUCUCCCAAUGCUGCAGUAUAGUUUAUCAACAGGCACAGGUCAUAAGGAUGAAGAUGUAAUAGUAAGGACUUUAAAGGUCUUGAACAAUGUUGUUGACCAAAUUUACUUCCCAGUGGAGCAUUUUGCCUGGGCAAGAGACAUGAAAAUGGUUAGAGGAAACUCAGCAGCUCUUUGGAAUGCAUCAUUAGUUUUAUGGGGACUUUCACUUUUACUAACAAUAAUAAGGUCUCUCAGACAAGUAUCUCUUAUAAGACAGCAGAGGAAAGGAGCUAACAGGGACAGGAUAGAAAAAUUGAAUACGCAGCAUGAUGAGGAGCUGCUAACGGUAAUCAUGCAGGCCUCAGACCUUUUGAAUGCCCUCAAUUGGAUGCCCAAACGACCUUGGGCUAAUCCUUUCCCAGCGUGGCAGGUAAGGACACACAACUGGAGGCCUUGGUACUUGCCUUUCCCACAGUGGCAGGUUGGCUUGCUUGGUCUGAUAUCAUCCCUUAUUGGGUUCAGGAAAAUGAUGUCAUCUCAGUGAAUUUUUAGAAUAAGAAGAUAUUGGUAUCAUUAGUGUCAUACCUCCCUUUUCAAAUUUCAUAUAUCUUGUUCAACACAACAUCUUAUUUUUUAAUAUGAUAAAGACCUUAUUGUGUAUUCUUCUAUUGCACUUUAUGUAAAACUUGAUGUGGCCACAGCUAUGACUAGCUAUUUUCUGAUUUGAAUGUGUUUGUAAAGUUUAUUAGGGAUAGACACACCUUUACUUUCUGAGCGAAGAUAUGUGAAACAAAAUACUUUAAUAUAAGGUCAGAUUAUCCUGAACAAGUCACUAAAGUAAGAGUUUAUCUUUUACAUAUUGUGAUAUGCCAAUGGUGAUAUAUGUGAUAUAUUUUAACAUAUUAUUAUUAUUAUUAUAUAGUUAUUUAUGUAUAAUCCCUUGUCUGAGUCUGAUAUAUAAUUUUAAAAUGAUUUUAUUAACACAUUUAUUGAUUUUAUCUAGGUGUGGCUGUUACAAAAAUAAUGAAACAGAUAGUGAUUAACAAAUGCUCAAGUCUAUGAAAUUAGAAAAUAAAUGCUACUACCAUCUGUAAAACUUGCACACAAAUAUAUACUCUUGUCCCCUCCCCACACACAUACUAUUAACUGUUAUAUGCAAACUAUCAUACACUAUACUUAAUAGGAAGGAGAAUAGGCAGCUUGAUAGGCAGUUUGUUUCUAGAGAUGAUAUUUCUUGUAUGUUUGAGUAUAUUCUAUAUUUGUAAGUGAUUUUCUAUAUGAUAGAUGAAGACUUUAGUUCCUUAUAUGGUUGUAAAUGGUCACAAGCUAUGAUAAAUGGCACUGCUAUAUAACUUUUAUAUUUCCAAUAAAUCAAAAUCAAACCAA